GGGUGGGAGAUGCAACAAUGUCCUUGAGAACAGCAGGAAGUGUGUUGGUGAUCUUUCUCUGGUCUGUAGCAGUGGUACUGGGUCAGUAUGGCUGGAGAGUGAAAUACACCACUCAGAGUAUCUGUACCUUGAAGGGGUCAUCAGUGGAUCUGUUCUGCUCUUACACAUAUCCCAGUGGUUAUACAGUCACAACAACCCUCUGGUUCACUAAAAUUGUAAAUCUGAGAGACGACCCAGACUACAAAGAUCGUGUGACGUACCGUAGCGAUAGGAUGAAUGGCCACACCCUGAAAAUCACAGACCUGAGAGAGAGUGACUCAGCUGAGUACAAGUUCAAAGUUAUAACAGAUCAGACUGGAGGGAAGUAUACUGGUGAUCCUGGAGUCACCUUGUCUGUUACAGACCUGCAGGUGAAGGUGACCACUACAUGGUGGUCAACAACACUGACCUGUAGCACCACCUGUACUCUGACUGGUAACCCCACCUACAUCUGGUACAGGAACAGUAAGAUUGUACAAGAGGACUCCUCCCCCUCAUACUCAGUCUACUUUCAAACUGAAGACAGAUUCUACUGUGCUGUAAAAGGCAUCAAUUCUCCUGCAGUGUCUGUUGAGGGUCACAGUUAUUUCCACGUGACUUACACCCAUCAGAGGAUCUGUACCUUGAAGGGGUCAUCAGUGGACAUACCCUGCUCUUAUACAUUUCCCAGGGGUCAUUCAGUCUCUGAAACAAAAUGGUACACAAAAGGAAAACUUGAUGAUGCGCCUCAAAUCCUGAACCCGGGGUUUGGAGGUCGUGUGGAGUACCUUGAAAAUAUGCAGAGUGACUCCACCCUGAGAAUCACAGACCUGAGAGAGGAGGAUUCAGCUGAGUAUAAGUUUAGAUUCAGAACAGAUCAGACAACCUGGGAGCCCACCUUCCCUGGAACCACUCUGACUGUCACAGGUCUGCAGGUGAAGGUGACUCCUGCCACUGUGACAGAGGGACAGAAGGUGACACUGACCUGUAGCACCACCUGUACUCUGACUGACAACCCCACCUACAUCUGGUACAAGAAUGGACAUGUAACCACCCAAUCUAACAGUCUGUUCCUAAACCCAGUCAGCAGUGAGGAUGCAGGCAGAUACUCCUGUGCUGUAGAAGGCCAUGAGGAUUUCCCCUCUGCUGAAGAGACUCUCACUGUCACAUAUGGCCCAAAGAACACCUCAGUAUCAGUCAGUCCCUCUGGUGAAAUAAUGGAGGGCAGUUCAGUGACUCUGACCUGCAGCAGUGAUGCCAACCCACCUGUGGACAAAUACACCUGGUACAAGAAGAACGUAACCUCAGCAAAAGCAUCAGGACAGAGUUACAGCAUCACUAACAUCAUCUCUGAGGACAGAGGAGAAUAUUACUGUGAGGCCCAGAAUAGAAAAGGAUCUAUGAACUCUACAGUUCUGAUGAUUGUUGUAGCAGGAAACAAGCCUCCAAAUCCACCUCCAACACAAGAGACACAGCAGAUGAUGGACAGGGAGACUCUAGUCCAGUGUAUGACAACAUCUCAGACAUGACCAUGACCUCUACUGCAGCACAGACAGCAGCCACAGACGACCAGGAUGAUGUUCACUAUGCCAGCGUCCACUUCUCUCACUCCAAAAACCAGGAAGUGCCUCUAUACUCCACCGUCCAGCUGCCUCAGCCCCAGAUUCAGGAGGAUGUCCAGUAUACUGAUGUGAAAUUCAGCUGUCCCAGUGCUGCCACCCGGUGAGCGUAUUCUGCCAUUACAACAACAGAGUCAAUACUAGAACAUUGAACACAGACAGCAUCAGGGUCAUUCAUAUGCUGCUGCUUAUUGGAAGAGUAGACAAUGUCAUCAAUAAGCAAAACGGUUGACCCCCUAGUGACAACUCAUUGUUCCCUGAAAAGUCCCUCCAUCAAUAGGGGAAGCACAGGAGGAUUUUGGCACCUUCAUUGGGGAGGAUGGGCUUGUGGUAAAGGCUGGAGCGGAAAAGGUGGAAUAGUAUAAAAUACAUCAAACACAUGUUUUCAUUCCAUUUGCGCUGUUCUGCCCAUUAUUAGGACCCGUUCUCACCUCAGCAACCUCCUGUGAUCUAAAGAGUUGUAGGACCAUCCUUCAGGCCAAAGUGCAUUUCCUUGAACUCAUAAUAUGGUGUAACAAUGGACAUUUUGAAAAGUUGCAUUCAGGGUUGGGGUCAAUUCCAUUACAAUUUAGGAAAAUUCCAAUUGUUCCUCAUUGAAAAGCAUUGAAAAAAGAUGGAAUUUUAGUUUAGCUCCUGAAUUGAAAUGGUAUUGACCGCUAGCCAGGUUGCAGUUUCAAGAAGACCUUGUAUAUCUGGACCUGUAUUUAAAAAAUAAGUGAUAUAAUGAUAUAUAACAAUACAAUAAUAUAUGCCAUUUAGCAGAUGCUUUUAUCCUGGGGACAGGGGGAGUAGGCGGGAGGGGGGGACUACCUUUGUUUCCUUUCACCCAGUGUUUCUUAAGUGAUUGGUUUGGGCCAAUUUCUAGUCAUUUCUUUAGACUUAAGUGUAGCAAAAACAAUUCUGCACUAGACUAUACAGCUACACUGUUACUCGAGGUAUGGCAUUAACUUGGCAUUGAGAUUGAGACUGUAAAGCAUGAUACUAUAACGCUUUUUUAUUCACUUAUCUAAAUGUGUUUUUUACUUCUUGUCAAAUGUGAUGAGUGGCAUGUGUUUGUUUAUCCAUGAGCAAAUGUUAAU